GAGGAGGAGCAGCAGGAGGAGGAGGAGGAAACAGGAGAAUUAGAAAGUAGUGGUGAAGGAGGGACAGAAUAGGGGGUGAUUCCUUGACCGAGCCAGCUCUCUAACCUGCCCAGUCCUCCUCCUCCUCCUCCUUCUCCUGUCACCGCAGCUAUAUGAGCCAGAAAGCAGAAGUUGCCCAAAGUUUAGCAAGCAGCUUUCAGUCUCAGCAUGGCCGGAGGCUCAGUGUCAGAGUGUAAGGAGUAUCUGUUCAAAGUCCUGGUCAUCGGGGAGUUAGGAGUCGGUAAAACCAGCAUCAUUAAACGUUAUGUCCACCAGCUGUUCUCACAGCAUUACAGGGCGACCAUCGGAGUCGACUUCGCUCUGAAAGUCAUCAACUGGGACAGCAAAACUCUGGUGCGCCUACAGCUGUGGGACAUCGCAGGGCAAGAGCGAUUCGGGAACAUGACAAGGGUGUACUACAAAGAAGCUGUCGGGGCGUUUGUUGUGUUUGACGUGACGAGGGGCGCCACAUUCGAAGCUGUGUCUAAAUGGAAGCAUGACCUGGACAGCAAGGUAAAGCUGGCGAAUGGCAACCCUAUCCCUGCUGUUCUCCUCGCCAACAAAUGUGACCAGAAGAAAGAUGGCGUCAACAACUCAACACUAAUGGACAAUUUCUGCAAAGAGACAGGCUUCCUGGGCUGGUUCGAGACAUCUGCAAAGGACAACAUUAAUGUGGAUGAAGCAGCUCGUUUCCUGGUAGAGAACAUCCUGGCGAAUGAUAAAGGAUUGCCAUAUGAGGAGAGCAACGGAGACCGCAUCAAACUGGACCAGGAGACUAUAGCUGCUGAGAGCAAGUCAGGCUGCUGCUAACAUUCAAUCCACUCACAUUAGCCAUCCACAUCCCUUUGGUGGGGUCCAGUGAGUUCAUCCAGCCUGUGGCUCCAGCUCCCUGAUGCAACCAGAGACAAAGAUUCAUAUUUUUUUUUUUUUGCUUUUGUCUCUUCAAACCUUCAGGAACUUUUCCCUGCACUGAUACCCGUUUGACUUGUGCAUCCAAGGUUUCAUUAGUCAGUUUUAUUUUUGAUAUUGCCUCUAGAUUUUUAAGUGCAUUUAGGGGGAUGUUUUUUUUUCUUCUUCCACUAGAAAAUGCUUACAAUAUGUACAGCGGAUUUUCCGACUGUUGCCCUGACAACCUCUUCAUUCUUGGACUAAUAUCGAAUAUGGGGGGUUUGUGGUGCACUCGCUAUAGAAAGUUGAGAAGUGCAAACUUGAAAAGAAUUGUUGUCCUUGUGAUUGUCACUUUAUUGUAUUAAUCAAUAUUACCCCAUGUGUGUUUUGUUGUCUAAGCUACCAUUUAAAAAAAGAACUAUUUUUAAUUAUGCUGUAGCUUUUAUUAAGUGCCUGUAGAUGGACAUCACAUUUUAUUUCUCACAGAAUGAAUUCCACUUAGUGUUGUCAUUAUUAUGUUUUUAGCAAGACAUUCUGUAACACCUUUUCUUAACUUGGAUUGCUGUAUAUGCUCUUCUUAACUAUUGUGCUAUAACAUUUUUAUUAUUUUACUAAAGGAGUUAGGAUUGUUAUCCUUUUUUGUAGUUCAGUCAAUAUUACACUGCAGAAAAAUAACAGUAUUUCACUAAAAACAAAAA